AGUCAGACGCGCCAGUGUGUAGUAAGACCGCCCGCGAGACAGUCGCUCCCAAGUGAUUAAUUCGAAUAAAUAAUUCCAAUAAAAAUUUUUAUUUUCAAAUAAAAAAUAAAUAAUCAGUGUUUGUUUUACGAGCAAUCACCAAAAACAUAAAAAAUGACUUUCGUAUUCGACAAGUGCUGCUUCUGUAUAGAGCUGAGGACAGGAUGCCUGAUCAUCGGGUACUUGAACCUGAUCGGUAACAUAAUAGCCAUUCUGAUGUCGAUCAUCGGUCUGGCAGCAGCUGGAGUGGUGACUGCGGAGGGCGACAAAGAGAGUGGCGCACAGGCUUUGGGCGCCGUCAUGCUGGCGGUCAUCGGCAUCAUGCUCAUCUUCUUUAUCCUGUUCCUCGCAUUCUCCAUUGUACUUCUUGUUGGUCUGCAUAAGCACAAGCGCGGUCACGUGAAGGCGUACCUGAUCUACACCGUGAUCUUCCUGGUGCUGUACAUCAUCAUGUUCUUCGCUGGUUUCGCUGCCUCACACAUCAAUGGUGGUGUUGUCGCCAGGGAUCUGAUCUCAAUUCUUCUGAGCAUUUACUUCAUGUUGGUAAUCAGAAGCUACUACUUGAAGAUGGACGACCCCUCCAACAAACCAGCAGUUUACAAUACAGCCUAAAUAAAUAUAUUUUAACAAACAAAUGCUAACACAAAGCCACAUGUUCAAAAUUUGAAUAAAUAUAUUUGAAUAACAAAAUCGCAUUUAAAAAAAACAAAUGACCAUUUUAUGUCAUAAAAUGAUCAUUUGAAUAAAUUAUUGAAUAAAUAUUUACAAAAUUGAUUUCACAAAACUGUGUAUUGAGCAUUUGCAUAAGUCUUAUUGUGGCCUGAUAUAUAAAUGUUUGAUAUGUAAUGUUUCUUAAUGUUGUUAGUCGUGGCCAUUUAAAUAGCUUUCAACCAAUUAUUUGAAGUGCGUAAAUAUAAUUUUAUUAUUUGAAUAUUAUUUGGCUGUAUGCUUCUCUAAAUACUGCGCAUGACAAGUGUCGGUGUAAAAACAUUGUUAUUAUAAUUAAGUCAUUUAAGUUUCUUAUAUUUAGUUGUAAGAUUUUGAGUUCUUUUUUAAGUUUUCAGUUACAGUUACGUUUAUGGAUGUAAUAGCAGAGUUUUGAAUAAACAUUUACGAACGUUAACGUUAAACGUUAUUGUUUAUUAUAAUUACGUAGUUACAGAAAUGCAAUUUUAUUAGGUAAGUUUUAUAUCAUCGUUCAUUAACAUAACUUCAACCGCCUUUUUAUUAUAUGAAUCGUUUUAACAUAUUUUUUUAUUAUUGGAACUUUAAAAUCUGGUUCUUAUCACUGAAGUGAGUUUGGAAAAGACACAACUAAAUAAGUUUUACAAAAAGAAACGCAAUCUAAGAAUGAAUAAAACACAAAACAGGUUGUACUGGUUUUGUAUAGAUCAAACUAAUAACACAAAAGAAAAAAAGUGAACCAUUUCAUAAAACUAUUAGUAGAUUAACAAAAUUGAAUAAACGUAAUAACCACCGAUAUAUACGUAUAUACCUAGUUGUCGAAUUAAAAAGUUUUCGUUAGAAAUAUUUAACAUUUAAACGAUAGCCAUUGUUAAUGUAACAAUGCAAAAUAAUAAAUUAUUAUCUAUUGAUUUUUUCCAGAAUACUUCAUUUUCAUUAAAUAAUUGUGUUAUUCAAGAUUUUUUUUAUUUUGAAUACUAGUUAUCACUAGGUUUUUGUCCCUGUUUUAACAAAAAGCUACAGGGAGGUAAAAAAUCUACGAUAACUAUAACUGAAGUGCCAUGUAACAAAUAUAAUUAAAACAUUUAUUACAGAGAAAACCUCACUUUGUUGCAUUUACCUCAUUAGGUAAUAGUUUAAGUGUUUUAAUAUAAAAUUAUUAUUACGAAACGUUGCGUAGUGUUUCAGGAAUCUCUCUUAUGGUGUAUUUUAAUGAGCUUUUUGUUAAAUAUCUAAGUACACAUAAGCUUAGGUAGAUACAUAAUAUACCGAAAUAGGUAAGUAUUUCGCAUUUUUAAACUUACAAUAAAAUUAUGCUAUAAAAUUAUUGUAGUGCCUUAUAUUUAAUACAAGACCUAUGGUACCUAUUUUGGAUACUUAUACACGUAAUAUAUAACGACACUCAAGUCGAGAUCUCUUCACAAGUACGGUAAAAAAGGGAUGCAAAUACCAACAGAUACAUGCAUCUCUUUCCCGCUCUGUUUGAGCAGAGAUCUAAGUUUGAGUAUCGUUUUAUACCUAAUACGAGCCUAAGAGUCAAUCUUGAGGUUUCUCGGAGUAUUUUGUACUUUCAUCUAAGUAAACCUAAAAAAUAUCAUAUUUUCAUAACUCUAUCUAUAUAGAUAGGUUACUGAAUGUCAACGUAACAAGUUUAAAAUUUUGUGCUUGAAUGUUUAAUUAGAUUUGUUAAGUGAUUUAUAUAUCAGAUAUUAAAUACUUUCAAUUA